CUAGUUAGUAACUGUAAUGUUAAUUCUAGUGUUAGAUCAUAAACGAUUUCCCAUAAUGCUUGUUUACGAAUGCCUAUGAGUAAUUCUGUGAAAUUUAAGACGAAGUCAAACAGAUCAAGUUCUGGCCAGCAGCAAUGACUGUUCAGCUAAGAAGCCUAACACAAGUAGGAUAUACAAGUAGUUCAGAAGAAGAAGAAAAUGGUGUCUGUCUUGACACUGUGCCCCUAAUGUGUGGUGACAGCUUUGAGAUGGAUGAAAGUGACCGCCUCGUCAAUGAAAGACGCAGGCGGUCUAGAGGUAUCUUCAAUCAUCUCUCACAACGAUUGUCCAAUUUCUGCACAAACUGUUUGGGGAAAAUUUUCUCAGUUUGUUGUCGAGAGAAGGAGCUGCAGCCUCGUGUGGUCCACAUUGGUCUGGGAACUUUUCAGACUGAGAAACAUCCACGCAAUGUUGUUCGCAACCAGAAGUACAGCAUUAUCACCUUUAUACCCAUAGUAUUAUUUGAACAGUUCAAAUUUUUCUUGAACCUGUAUUUUCUCAUCAUGGCCUUAUCUCAGCUUCUGCCAGAGCUGAGGAUUGGGUACCUCUACACCUACUGGGGACCUUUGGGCUUUGUGCUGUUUGUUACUAUGUGUCGUGAAGCCCUAGAUGACUACAGAAGAUACAGGAGAGAUAAAGAAGCCAACUCACAGAAGUAUAAAAAGUUAACUCGUGACGGCAUCGUCAGAAUUCCCAGCUCUGACAUCCAAGUUGGUCAUCUGAUUAUUUUAGAAAAAAACCAAAGAGUGCCUGCAGACAUGGUUUUACUGAGAACAUCUGAGAAAGAUGGAGGCUGCUUUAUCCGCACAGAUCAGCUGGAUGGUGAGACGGACUGGAAGCUGAGGCUAGCUGUACAGGAAACACACAGGCUACCAUCUAAUGUGGACAUUUUGGACAUCACUGGUCAAGUUUAUGCUGAAAAACCUCAAAAAGCCAUCCACAGCUUUGUGGGUACCUUCACUCGUAGUGAUUCAGGCACGGUGCAUGAGGACUCCCUGAGUAUAGAAAACACGCUGUGGGCCAACACUGUGCUGGCAUCAGGAACUGCUCUGGGUGUUGUCAUCUACACAGGCUCAGAGACCAGAAGUGUCAUGAACACAUCUCAGCCUAAAAGCAAGACUGGGCUGAUAGAUCUGGAGAUCAACACAUUGACCAAGCUUUUGUUUCUUGCUGUCAUUAUUCUCUCCCUUGUCAUGAUGAUCCUCAAGGGAUUUGGAGGACCCUGGUACCGUUAUUUCUUCAGAUUUAUUCUUCUUUUUUCCUAUAUCAUCCCCAUUAGCUUGCGUGUUAACCUAGACAUGGGUAAAGCAUAUUACUCAUGGGUGAUGCAGCGGGACAAGAACAUUCCUGGGAUGACGGCAAGAAGCACCACAAUACCUGAGGAGCUCGGCCGCAUCACAUACCUGCUGAGUGACAAGACCGGGACUCUCACGCAGAAUGAGAUGGUUUUCAAGCGAUUGCAUUUAGGAACUGUGUCAUUCACACCAGAAACUAUGGAUGAGGUUAUUUCACAUUUGAAGACAUCCUACUCGGCUUCAUCUACCACUGCAACCCCAACACGCACAUCUGGGCCAGUGAGGCGCAAUGUGUUAACUAGAGUGGUAGAAGCUGUGCGGGCCAUAGCACUGUGCCAUAAUGUCACACCUGUUUUUGAAGAGUCCACUAAUGGAGAUGUGAAGAAUGAUGAUACAGAAGCAGAUCAGCAGUUAAAACAAAAAGUCACUUACCAGGCUUCUAGUCCAGAUGAGAUUGCCUUGGUCAGCUGGGCAGAGAGUGUAAAUCUGGCCCUUGUUAAAAGAGAUCUGAACUCCAUCACAUUGCGGACACCAACUGGUGCUCUAGCCACCUACACCAUUCUACAGAUUUUCCCUUUUACUUCAGAAUCUAAAAGGAUGGGAAUAAUUGUCAGGGAUACUGAAACUGGGGAAAUAACCUUUUAUUUAAAAGGUGCAGAUGUUGUAAUGCAAGGUAUCGUGCAAUAUAAUGAUUGGCUAGAAGAGGAGUGUGGCAACAUGGCUAGAGAAGGGCUAAGAACGUUGGUGGUGGCAAAGAAACUUCUCACAGAAGAGCAGUACCAAGAGUUUGAAUCUCGAUAUCACCAAGCAAAGAUGAGUAUUCAAGAGCGCAACAGUAAAAUGCAGGCUGUGAUUGAAGGCCUUGAGAGAGACAUGGAGUUGCUCUGUCUAACUGGGGUUGAAGACAAACUUCAAGAUGGCGUGCGACCUACAUUGGAGAUGCUCAGGAAUGCUGGAAUCAGGGUAUGGAUGUUGACUGGAGAUAAGCUUGAAACAGCCAUCUGUAUAGCAAAAAGCUCAAUGAUGGUAUCAAGGCUGCAGGACAUCUACGUCUUCCAGACCGUAACAGACAGAGGGGAAGCACAUUUAGAGUUGAACUCCUUGCGCAGAAAAAAUGAAGCAGCUUUAAUUAUUAGUGGGGAUUCUCUUCAGGUUUGUUUAAAGUAUUAUGAGCAUGAGUUUGUGGAGUUGGCUUGCCAGUGCCCAGCUGUUGUAGUGUGUCGAUGCUCUCCCACACAAAAAGCUGACAUUGUCAAAUUGCUGAAGACACACACAGGAAAGAGAACCAGCGCUAUUGGAGAUGGGGGCAAUGAUGUCAGCAUGAUACAGGCGGCAGAUGCUGGGAUUGGUAUUGUUGGCAAGGAGGGGAAGCAAGCUUCUUUAGCAGCAGACUUCUCUAUCACCCAGUUCAGUCACAUUGGUCGCUUGUUACUUGUGCAUGGCAGGAACAGCUACAAGAGAUCUGCCGCCCUCAGCCAGUUUGUCAUACACAGGGGACUCAUCAUCACUACCAUGCAGGCUGUCUUUUGCUCCGUUUUCUAUUUUGUUUCUAUAGCACUUUUCCCAGGAUUUCUCAUGGUGGGCUAUGCUACUGUGUAUACAAUGUAUCCUGUUUUCUCCUUGGUGUUGGAUACGGAUGUGUCUCCAGAAAUAGCUCUCACUUACCCAGAAUUGUAUAAAGAUUUAACAAAGGGUAGAUCAUUAUCAUUCAAGACUUUUUUCUUAUGGGUGUUGAUAAGCAUUUAUCAAGGUGGAAUCAUCAUGUAUGGAGCUCUCCUUCUCUUUGAGGCUGAAUUCAUCCACGUUGUCAGCAUCACAUUUACUUCUCUCAUUCUCACUGAGCUGCUCAUGGUUGCCCUAACUGUUCGCAACUGGCACUGGUUAAUGAUAGUUGCACAGAUAUUUUCUCUGGGAAUAUACCUAGCAUCUUUGGCUGUGCUUAGAGACUACUUUGAUUCUCAGUUUUUACAAACAUGGGGGUUUGUGUGGAAAGUGCUGGUCAUCACAUCAAUAUCCUGCAUUCCUUUGUAUGUGUUAAAGUACUUGAGAAAGAAGUUCUCUCCCCCUGUCUACUCCAAGCUGACUCCCUAAGCAGGAACUCUAGGAUAACUCUUGUAGUACUUUAUCAUGGAUAACUCUUGUACUACUUUAUCAUUGAUUUUCUUUUAACACUAGCCUUCUGUAUAAAAGGACUAUUACUAGGAAACAAUAACAUUUAAAAGUAUGUUUGGCAUACAUGUAACACCAUGUUUACACUGCAAGUAAUUUUUCCCUAGACAUGUAUAGUACACAUGUUGCAAGUCUAAAUUCUGUGUGAGAAGUAAAAAAUUUCAAAUUAUAUCACAUUUAAACAGAGCAUCAUUGACAUGAAUCACAUACUGUUUUCUAUGCCAGUACAUUUUUUUUAUCCUCUGUAAAACAAAAUCUCCUAGAUCUAGUUCUGUCUAAAGCACAUACAAACAACAUUGUCUUUUUCGAAAAGGAUUUGUACAUAUUUGAAACGUGACUCAGGUGUAAAGAUUUGCUUUAAGCAUCCCUCUGUCCAAAUUGUCACACAGUUGUCAUCUGAAAAAUAUUGCCUUAAGAGUUUCUUCUCUGACAUUUUAAUGGCAUCUGAAGCUACUGUAGUGGUUAAUUUUCUAAUAUUCUUUGCUAUUUAGAAGUUACUUCUGGAUUUAGCUCGCUGUGAGAUCUGGAUUAUGAAUACUCCUACCUUGUAUUUAAGCCUGUCAUUCUUGUAUUAAAGUUGCAGUUCUAAAACGAGUGUGGUUGUGUACAGAAUUAUUCUUGCUGUCAACAGCUGUACUGGUUUGUGUUGAUUUGCCUUGGACACAGCUGUUGUUAAGAGGUACACAAAAGCCAAAGUCAUUUCACAUCUCAGGAUUAGUUGAAGGUUCACCUAGAAACAAU